CUCUCCAGUAGGUGGCGCACUGCUCGCUGCUGCCACACUCCAUGGUCGCCAACCGGCGCUCUGGUUCGCCCUUUUCACUCUAUUGUUCCGCCCUAUUGUUUAUUCCCUUCCGCUUCCGGGGCAGGUUCCUUCUUUCCGUGCUGUCGCUGCUGCUGCUGGCAGGAUGGUGAACGUCCCCAAAACCCGCAGGACUUACUGCAAGAAAUGUGGCAAGCACCAGCCCCACAAAGUGACCCAGUACAAGAAGGGCAAGGACUCUCUCUAUGCUCAGGGAAAAAGGAGAUAUGAUCGGAAGCAGAGUGGUUAUGGUGGUCAGCCAAAGCCUAUCUUCCGUAAGAAGGCCAAAACCACGAAGAAGAUUGUGCUGAGGCUUGAGUGUGUGGAGCCCAACUGCAGGUCCAAGAGAAUGCUGGCCAUUAAGAGGUGCAAGCACUUUGAGCUGGGAGGAGAUAAGAAAAGAAAGGGCCAGGUGAUCCAGUUCUAAACUCCAUCUUGUUCAUUGUUAUGGAAUCCAUUAAAAUAUGUGGAAAGAA